AUGAACCAAGAAGCAAUGAAAAAGUACUGCAAGAAUUUUGCUCUUGACAUUGAUUCUAUAAGUUUAUCUUCUCAAAAGGAUAGGAAUGCAUCAAAUAGCAAUGAUGAUGGAUUUCCAUUAAUGAUCGAUUCAGCAACAUCAUUAGAAGCUGCUGACAUCAAUGCAAAUAAUUUUUUCUUCACAUCUUUUUUCGAAACUACGAAACCCUCGAAAUUCCAUUUCUCGUCAUCAGCACAAAGAAAAAUUAAAGAUUUAAAUGAAGAUUUAAGUGAUAAUUUGGAAUUUUAUAACAAUAAGAAAUUAAUCGUUAAAAAUCCGACAACAACAACUUU